AUGGUGCCGCGGGCAACGGGGACGGACGGGAGGGAGGGAGGGGGUGAGCCCCAGCCAGAGAGCUGGAGGGACCACGGACAAGCAAAGGAGCCGCGCGAUGUAGGCAUCCGCCGGGGCGAGCAGGGAGCCCAGCGCGCCGGCGAUGGUGGGCAGCAUAGAGGCCGCGCAGAUCGUCGUCCUGCUGUUGGCGGGCAUGUGCUCGUCUGCCAGGGCGCCGAGGCCGAUCCAGACGACGACCAGGGCUCCUUGCGGGAUGCCCAAGAGGGCGGUCUGGAGCGUGUCGAACCCCAGGGCCUCGAUGACGAGCGUCGAGAAGUUGGAAAUGCCGCCGUUGGGAACAUUCGCCACGACGCCGAGGAGCGUGAACAGCCACGUCUUGUAGUCGAGGUUCACGCUGGCAUGUUGGAUGCCCGUCUGGUUGCGUCUGACGCGCGCAAUCUUGAGGAGUCUCUCGUCGUGGGAGAAGCCCGGGAUGGUGCAGAGGCAGUUGGGCAGCGUGAGGCCGACGACGACGGCCCAGGAGGCACAGAGCGCGCCGGUGACGAUGAGUGCGUAGCCUAG